UAUGUUGAUGUUUUUUUCACCCUCUCUUGCUGCUGAUGCCAUAAUCCCAACCCUUCCUACGGGUAGUUCCACCUACUUAUCAGUUUGUAUCACACAUGUUUUUCAGUCUUCUUCUGACCUCAGCAGAACAGCCUGUUUCUGUGGGGAGGUAACUGGAUAUAUCUAAAUGUAUUGGAUAUCUGGUAAGAUUGGAUCUGAUACUCAAGUCAAGACCGCCACGCUGCCGAGAUGUGUUCCAGAAAAACCUGGGUCGUCAUGUCCCUGCUGUGUCUCACUGCCAUCGGGGUGUUUUAUAGAUCUUCAUGGAUUUUAUCAGUGUACCGUGAUUUCUUCCCCCCUUACAACUCAAGUCUUUGUGCAUGUGACAAAUGUUUAAUGGAAUAUGAUCCGUGGUUUAGCGAGCUGAUGGGUGCAUCUCCUGAGCCCUUUUUGUCACCGAGAAACAUUAUCUCAGAGGAGACCUUUAACUGGUGGAAGCGCAUACAGUCUGAAAGAAGCAGCUUCAGUUUCUACAAUACAACAGUGGAGAAGGUGUUCCAGAUGUUCCCACACAGUCUUAAUCUGAUGGAGUCCAGCCCCGACCGCUGCAGGACUUGUGCUGUGGUUGGGAACUCUGGGAAUCUGAAUGGAUCACACUAUGGACCUCUCAUAGAUUUCCACGAUGUCAUCAUAAGGAUCAACCGUGGCCGUAUCAAAGGCUAUGAAAAAGAUGUUGGGACCAGAACAACACAUCGUGUGAUGUAUCCAACUAGUGCUACUAAUUUGGACAACACCACCCAUCUUUUGUUGUUUCCAUUCAAGACAAAUGACUUACAGUGGCUCCUCAAGUCCUUCGCUCCAAGACAAAAAACAAUUGCGGACUCAGGGUUGAAAGCCAACAAGGAUUUGGUGAUGAUCCUCAGUCCAGCUUUCAUGAAAUACGUUCAUUAUGUUUGGCUCAAAAGGAAGGGCAUGUAUCCAUCUACUGGCUUUAUGACUUUGAUUCUCAGCAUGCACAUGUGUGAUGAGGUCAGCGUGUUUGGGUUCGGUGCAGACAGAUAUGGAAACUGGGACCAUUACUAUGAAAUACUCAAAAACAAACAACUGAAAACUGGAAAUCAUGGUGGAAAUCAGGAGUAUGCAAUCAUUGAGAAACUAUAUCAGCAACAGAAAAUUACCUUUUUCAAAGGAUGGUGAUAUUUGUUUCUCUCUUUCUGUUUGCCUCUCUGUCUUUGUCAAUUGCGUUAAUGAGCAGCACCCACCGCAUUAUUGAUACAUCAUGGUCAUUAAAGGAGAAA